GGGGCGUGGCCUGAACGCGACAUACGGCAGCCAUGGAGUAUAGCGACAGUGCCGAAGAGUCGUGCUCGGGCAUGGAGACAGACGAAGAAGUUGACGAUGAAAAUGAAUGGAGGACUGACAGCUCAUUUACAACAGACGUCUGUCCGCAGUUUGCCGGGCGUUGUGGCCCUGCCAGCCGAGGGAAGAUGACUUUGGGAAAAUCUUUGCAAAAUCGAGUAAUCUUACACUUUGAUCUGGAUUGCUUUUAUGCUCAAGUUGAAAUGAUUCGUAAUCCAUCACUGAGAAAUAAACCAGUAGGUGUUCAGCAGAAGUACCUUAUGGUAACUUGCAAUUAUGUGGCCAGAGAACUUGGAGUGAAUAAGAUAAUGACUAUUGGAGAAGCUAAAGAAAAAUGUCCACAGCUAGUACUUGUCAAUGGAGAGGACCUGACACCUUAUAGGGAAAUGUCAUAUAAAGUUACAGAAUUCCUAGAACAAUACUGCCCUCUUGUAGAAAGGCUGGGGUUUGAUGAAAAUUUUUUGGAUGUAACUGAGAUGGUGGAAAAAAGAGUAACAAUUCUCGGUGAUACACAUUUAAAUGUCCCAGUGGUUGGCCACAUAUAUAAUGAUAUGUCCAUAAACCCACAAGUCGAAGAGCACAUCAGGCUUGCUGUAGGGUCACAGAUUGCAGCAGAGCUACGAAGUGCUGUGUACAACAAAUUGGGUCUUACAGGAUGUGCUGGAAUAGCCACUAAUAAAAUACUGGCAAAGCUUGUAUCUGGAACAUUCAAGCCCAACCAGCAAACCACACUGCUGCCAGAAAGUACUCUGGACUUAAUGAAGAGCCUGCCUCACCUGCAAAAAGUUCCUGGAGUUGGGUACAGAACAGCUGAGAAAUUCCAAUCUUUGGGACUCUCCUGUGUUCAGGACCUUCAGGCUUAUCCUCUGGCUGCUCUGGAGAAGGAGAUUGGAGCCACACUUGCCCAGCGUAUGCAUAGCCUUAGCCAUGGAAUUGAUGAUUCUCCUGUGAGCCCCAGAGGGCCCCCGCAGUCUUUGAGUGAUGAAGAUUCCUUCAGGAAGGUCUCCAGUGAAGCAGAAGUAAUGAAGAAGAUUGAUGACCUUUUAGAGAGUCUGCUUUUCAGAAUGCAAAAAGAUGGAAGGCAGCCUCGUACCAUACGACUAACUACCAGACGUUUCACCGCUGGCAAUAAAUGGUUCAAUCGUGAGGCUCGUCAGUGUCCUAUUCCAAAUCAUAUUGGACAAAAAAUUGUUGCAGGAUGCCCUGAAGUGAAGGCUCAUUUAGUUGACCUUUGCAUGAAGCUUUUUGCUAAAAUGUUUGAUCUGAAGAUGCCAUUUCACAUCACUCUUUUAAAUGUGUGCCUGUCCAACCUGCAGCCUGUUUCUACUUCAUCUAAAGGGUUCAUUGGAUUCUUUCUUACCAAUGGAACUAAAAGUCCUUUGAAAUCCACUGUUAGCACACAGGUUUUGCUCCAGCCGAGUGAAGUUGGAAAGUCCCAGAAUCCUACACUGAAUAAUUAUUACUCAACCGGACAAGAAGAAUCUAAAAAGAAUCCGAGAUUCAGAUCUGUUGCAUGUUUCUGGCAAGAGGGAAAUACUCAGGGGACUGCGGAUCCAAAGAAUUCUAUUUUAAACACAUGCAAGCAUCCUGAGAUGGUCUCUAGUGACCCAGAGGAAGACGCAGUAAUGGUUAAUGAAGACUCCAGACUUACCUCUAACAUUUUAUCAAUGGAGGACCAGACUGAGAGCAUCAGGGGCACUCCGUUUUCAGACGGCCGCCUGCCUCCAGAAAUUGACCUUGAGGUGUUCAGUCAGCUCCCUGAAGACAUCCAAAGGGAAAUUGCUGGCAGCUCUUUGACAUCAAGCCCAGAAUCUACAUCCUCAUUUCCUUGUUUUUCGACUUACAAAAAGCAGUCAGUACAGCCUGGUGCAAAAGGGAAAAUGUCUUUCUUUCAAAAGCAUCAGCCACAAAAGAAACAUUUAAUUGAUUCCAUACCAGAUGGAAAAAUAUCAGACUGUAUAUAUGGGGAAAACAAAAAAAAUAGUGAAACUUUUUCAAUGAAGCAAGCCGAAAUCAACAUGCAAGUGGUCAGUAAGACUCCUGCAAGCAUCACAUCAGACCUGUCACAGGAUGACUCUCAUCGGGAAAGAUUAAAUGAUCACAGUAUGGUAACUGACGUUCCUCCCAGUGUGGACCCCAAAGUGUUUUCAGAACUCCCCAUUGAGUUCCAACGUGAACUGUUAACAGAGUGGAAACAGCAGAAGCACACAUCUAAGAUCUCAGUGAAUAAGCAUAUGAGUAAAAACACAGCCAAGGAUGGUAAACCAGCUUCAUCCAAACGCAGUCAGACCAACAGUUUAUUAAAAUACUUCAAACAAACCUGAAAUUGACAGAACAAUGAAUACGUUUGUUAACGCGUUGUCUUUAAUAUCUGUGUUCUUACAGAGAGAAGUGCACGGUUUUCUUCAAUCCGUUAUUAUUUUGGCUUUGCCAUUAGGAAAAAAAAAUCUUGUGUCCAUAUAGUAUUGUUAGGCAUCAGGAAUCAUUAGUCAUUAACAAAGUUAGGCUUUUGUUUAUUUGCAAUUUCUCUUUGUUCUCAGUCUUCAUUCAUCCUUACGUUUUACAUAAGUGGAUACUGUCCCUAUAUUGCGGUAUAACUGUAUUGUGUCAUAUUUUCAGGUUCUAAUAUGAGCAUUGCUAAUGCUAUACAUGUAGUAAAUAUGUAUGUAUAAGUAUUUUAUUUUUAUUAAAAUAUUUUUGUAAUUGUAUCCUAAUUAAACCCCAUGUCUAAUAUGA